AUGAGGGCACAUGGCUGGGAUGAUUUAUUCAUGAGUGUGGUAUCCUUUUGUGAACAACAUGGUAUUGAUGUUCCUGAUAUGAGUUCUCGUUAUAUGAUGGGCACACGUCGUUCUUGUCAACAAAAAGAUUUUAUUACAGUUGAACAUUACUAUCGCAUUGAUGUAUUUAAUGAUGUGAUAGAUUGCAUGUUGAGGGAGUUAAAUGACAGAUUUCCAGAGCAAACAGUUGAACUUCUUAUUCUUAGCUCAGCAUUGGAUCCUCGUAAUUCCUUCAAAUCAUUCAAUAUUGGGCAUCUAUGUAAACUUGCUGAGAAAUUCUAUCCGGCUGAUUUCAGUCCAAGUGACUUAGAAGGUUUGGAAAUUGAGUUGAGGUAUUUUCAAAAUGAUAUGCAUCGCCUUCCCUGCUUUAAGGACCUCACCACUCUUUCUCAGUUAUGUCAACAAUUGGUGGAAACAACUUUGGCAGAAAACUACCAUUUGCUUUACAGAUUGAUUCAGUUGGUGUUGACUCUUCCUGUUUCUACAGCAACAAAGGAACGAGCUUUUUCAUGUAUGAGAAUUAUUAAGAAUAGACUUCGAAGCACCAUAGCUGAUGAAUUACUUGCUGAUUGCAUGAUUCUCCACAUUGAAAGAGAGUUUACUAAUAGUAUCGAUAAUGAAGAGAUAAUUGAAGAAUUUAAUAUUUCUAAGCCUAGUAUGGUACAAUUUUAG